GAGCGGCCUCGGUGGGCAAAAUGGCUUGGCGGAGCGUGGGUCUGGCCCUCCGGGCGCUGCUGCAGCUGCCCGCCCGGGCUGUGCCGCUCACGCCCCGGGGACCGGCUGCUUCCUACGGUACUUCAAUAAAAUCUGCCAAAAUCCAAGUGAAUGGAGUCCACCUACAUUAUCAGCAGACAGGAGAAGGAAGCCAUGCAGUUCUUCUGCUUCCUGGGAUGCUAGGGAGUGGUCAAACCGAUUUUGGACCACAGCUUAAGUGUAUGAAUAAGCAACUUUUCACAAUUGUUGCUUGGGAUCCUCGGGGAUAUGGACAGUCCAUUCCUCCAUCUCGAGACUUUCCUCCAGAUUUCUUUGAGAGGGAUGCAAAAGAUGCUGUGGAUCUUAUGCAGGCACUGAAAUUUAAGAAGUUUUCUUUGCUGGGGUGGAGUGAUGGUGGAAUUACAGCACUCAUUGCAGCUGCAAAGUAUCCAACUCUUAUCCACAAGUUGGUUGUCUGGGGAGCAAAUGCCAGCGUUACUCAAGAGGAUGUGAGAAUUUAUCAUGGCAUCCGAGAUGUUUCAAAAUGGAGUGAAAAGGUCAAGAAACCACUAGAGGAGAUGUAUGGACAUAAGUACUUUGCAAAAACAUGUGAGAAAUGGGUAGAUGGAAUAUCUCGCUUUGCUGAAAAAUCAGAUGGUAAUAUCUGCCAAGAGCUGCUGCCAGAUAUUAAAUGUCCCACAUUUAUAAUUCAUGGUGAGAAAGACCCUUUGGUUCCACAAGCUCACGCAGAAUACAUUCAUAAGCACAUCAAAGGCUCUCAGUUGCUUCUGAUGCCAGAAGGAAAGCAUAAUCUACACCUGCGUUUCGCAGAGGACUUCAACAGACAAGUAGAAGAUUUCCUACAGUGACUAAAACUGUAAAACAAGUUAGAUGUUUGUGCUUGCCUUGUUUAGGCAUUUUAGUUGGCUUUCCAUUUUCUUUCAAGUUACAGGUAGGUUUGAGUCCUGUAAGAAAAACCAUGAAAGAUAUUUGCAUGAGAAGUAUACAUUUUGAGAAUAUGUAAGCCUCAUUGGAUCAGACCGCACCACUGUGCCGCAAGAUUUCUGACAUGUCUUUAAAUUUACUUCUGGCCACACGGGCCAUAUAGCUGUCUGUGUCCAAUAGAAGUGUUAAGAAAGACAGAAAACAUGAUCUAGAAUACAUGCCUUUA